AAGAAGAAUAGCUAACCCUUACCCUGCAUUCAUUUUCACAGAGGGAGAGAUGAUUGCAUGAAUGAGCAAGUGAAAAUAGAAAUAAAUGACACGCAAAUCAAGUAAAAACACUAGUCAUUUCACUAUGUGAACGGGAACAGCAGAGCGGUCACCACUCAUCUCCCUCACAACUCCUGUUUUAACGGCACUGCGUUGAAAUCUCGGUCACCGGAUGUGACGUCAGUGCCGUGCCUCCUUGCCUAGUUGUAAUCUUUUAUAAUCUCUUAAAUCCACGUUUGGGUCGUUUCAACGCUACAGAUGUGAGCUGCAGAAGCUGUUGCAAAAUAUUAAAUAUUUAUUUGAAACGUUAUAAAUCAAUAAUGCACAUGAUAUUUUGAGAUAAUUCCGGAAUUUGCCGAUUCCUUUCCCUCGCCACUGUUGGUAUAUUCACAAGAUGAAUAUGGCGUUAAAGUUGGCUUUAGGGUGAACAUGGAUAUUUAUUUUUUAGUCCUCAAAAUAGUCUGAAAAUGUACCUAAAUUACUAAUAUUUCAUUUAAACGUUUGACAUUUUAAUGCCACAAAUGCGUUUGAUUUUGACAGUCCGCACCGGAAGUGCGUCGAGGUAUUUUGUCGUCUUGACGCACUUCUGCUAUGCUAACAUCAGACGGUUGAGCCACUUAAAACUUUGUCUUGGAUAUAUUCGGUAAAAUCAAUGAAGUUUUCUAUUUGGAAUUACAACCGGAUAUCGUGACUGCUCGUUGCUGUAUAAUGGCGCCUGCUCUUUACAGUACCGGAGGAUCUUCGUGGUGAAAGAAUUAAAAAGGUUCAUUCAUCGCAUCGCCAGAUGUGGCUUCUACCUCUGCUCAGACUCCUGUUCAUGAAUGGUGAAGAUACUUUGGUUGAGCGGCUGUGGCUCGGCCUGGAUGGAUGACAGGACACUAGCCGACAUGGAGACAGGGGAGACAUACAAACAGCUGGAAAUGCUACAUUUAUGAAGCCGAUAUUAUCUGGUUUAGAUCCCCUCAGGAUAAGUAAAAGCUAUUUUUAUAUAAAUAUUUUUAUUCAUCACUGUUUCUGAUAGUUAUUGCAAAGCCAUACAUACUCAAAACGUCAGGAUGAGCUCAGAGGGAUUUCAAUACCGUGCACUGUACGACUACAAGAAGGAGCGGGAGGAGGACAUCGACCUGCAUGUUGGGGACAUGUUGUUGGUCAGUAAAGGAGCACUGCUUGCACUUGGCUGCACUAAUGGAGCUGAAGAACGUCCAUCAGAGAUCGGAUGGCUGCCAGGCUUUAAUGAGACCACUCAGGAAAAAGGUGACUUUCCAGGAACAUACGUGGAGUUUAUUGGCAGAAAGAGAAUGUCCCCUCCCACACCAAAACCUCGCCCACCCAGACCGCCAUCUGCAGCAUCAGGGAGGACUGACUCAGAAUCGGAGUGCUUCAUGUUGCCAGAUCUCCCAGAUCAGUUUGGACCACCAGACACAGCCCCUCCCCUCCUUAGCAGACUGAUGGAGGCCAUAGAGACAAAAGGUCUCGACAGUCCCAGUCUUUAUCGCAGUGUGAGUGGAGGAGGUCUCGAUGCCCGGCAGCUGGCAGAUACUGACCCAGAGCAGCUGGAGGUGCCAUCACUCUGUGAAGGGGUGGUUCGGUUCCUGCUGGACCUCCCUGGCCCUGUCCUCCCAUCUUCACUACAGGCCGACAUGAUCCUUGCAGUGCAAGAGGUCCGAGACCCGGAGAACUGCGCCCAGAUGCUUCGAGGCGUGGCAAGCUCACCGGCCUGUCCCACCCAGUAUGGCUUGACCCUGCUCAGCGUCGUCCGGCACCUGGCCCGGGUCUGUUUUCAUGGUUCCAGAAACCAGCUGAGCCCUCGGAACCUGGCAGAGAGCUUCAGCCCUCUGCUGUUCAGACAGACGGCAGGGCCAGAGUCUGGUUUUGAUCCUCUGGUUCAGGUCCUGGAGGUUCUGAUAACCAGCGAGCUCAACAUGAACCAGGCUGCACCAGCUUUACCUCCAAAACCAGUCAAGUCAUCGACUUCAUCAGCUUCCAGUAGCUUUAACAACAGUAUUGCUCUGCAGGAUGCUGAGUGGUACUGGGGCGACAUUUCCAGGGAGGAGGUAAACGAGAAACUGAGAGACACAGCUGACGGUACAUUUCUGGUGCGAGAUGCCUCCACUAAGAUGCAUGGAGACUACACUCUAACGCUGAGGAAAGGAGGCAACAACAAGCUGAUAAAGAUUUUUCAUCGGGAGGGGAAGUAUGGUUUUUCUGACCCUUUGACCUUCAGCUCAGUGGUGGAGCUGAUCAACCAUUACCGCCAUGAAUCUCUGGCCCAGUAUAACCCCAAACUGGACGUCAAACUGCUUUACCCAGUCUCCAAACACCAACAGGACCAGGUGGUGAAGGAGGACAGCAUCGAAGCUGUGGGUAAGAAGCUCCAUGAGUAUCAUCUGCAGUACCAGGAGAAGAACAGAGAGUACGAUAGGCUGUAUGAAGAGUACACCAGGACAUCACAGGAGAUCCAGAUGAAGCGGACAGCCAUUGAGGCAUUCAACGAGACCAUAAAGAUCUUUGAGGAGCAGUGUCAGACUCAGGAGCGCUUCAGCAAAGAGUACAUUGAGAAGUUUCGUCGAGAGGGCAAUGACAAGGAGAUUCAGAGAAUAAUGGAGAACUACGACAAGCUAAAGUCUCGAAUCAGUGAGAUCGUGGACAGUAAACAUCAUCUCGAGGUGGAUCUGAAAAAACAGGCCGCUGACUACCGGGAGAUAGACAAGAAGAUGAACAGCAUCAAACCAGACCUUAUCCAGCUGCGCAAGACCAGGGACCAAUACCUCAUGUGGCUGACACAGAAAGGCGUUCGUCAGAGGAAACUGAACGAGUGGCUCGGCCUGAAAAAUGAAACCACAGAGGAUGAGUACAGUAUGGUGGAGGAUGAGGAAGACCUCCCCCAUCAUGACGAACGUCUCUGGCGUCUGGGAAACAUCAACCGCAGUCAGGCCGAGUCUCUGCUGCGAGGGAAGCGAGAUGGCACCUUUCUGGUCCGAGACAGCAGCAAACCGGGCUGCUACGCCUGCUCUGUGGUAGUGGAUGGGGAGGUGAAGCACUGCGUCAUCAACAAGACGAGCACUGGCUUUGGUUUCGCUGAGCCCUACAACCUUUAUGGAUCCCUAAAGGAGCUGGUGCUGCAUUAUCAGCACACAUCACUGGUCCAACACAACGACUCGCUCAACGUCACGCUGGCCUUCCCCGUCUACAGCCAGCAGAGGCGGUAACCCUGCCCCAGCACAUUUUCACAUACACCAUUAUCAUAGUCCAGCAGCCAGACCUCAUCUGCACACCUGGUCUGACACAUGUUCCCAAACAUCUCUCUAACCUGAUGCUGCAUUUAAAUCUCUGUGUGAAAAUGGCAUAAAGACAUUUGAAGAUCACAGUGAAACAGAAACACUUGUUGAACCCCCUCUCCCACGCCCGCAUGUUUUCUGUCAACUUCAUUAAGGCUACAUCCACAGUCCUGAUCUCUGUUCAGCAGGUGUUCCAGCUCCGUAUUGGAGGUUACCUGCGUCCACACUGACACACCUGGAAACCUAUAUCACCUGACCAUUCAGGUAGACUAGGCAUGCACAUGUUGGUGGAAACAGAAGGCAGAACUGACAUGGCAUGACAUUGUGAGACUGAAAUGACAGCUGUUCAGACUAAAACAAAGCCCUGGAGUUAAAACUAAAAUCAGUCAGCAGUGUUUACAAAUGUGUCCAUUUUGAGAGCUUUAAUAAUACGAGGGUGGCAUUGACAGUAGGCAUAUCAGAUUAAUGUGUUUUAAAUGAUAACAGAGUAGAGUGGACCUAGCCUAUGGAUAUAGCCAUUCAAAUGCAGCAUCUUAUGUGCACACAAAUACAUCAUCAAUGAAGACAUACACUCAAACAAUAAUGAAGUUGUUGCGAUGCACUGCAGUGGGUAUCUGUUGCAGUUCGCAACUGUCAGCACAUUUUUUGAUAAUCGGUGCCAAAGAAGUGGGUCAAACUGGUCUUUGUCCUCUGCAGUGAGGGAAAUGUGGUGGUCAUAGUCCAUGGUCUUUGUUUAGAUCUUUGGUUUAAUGUGUUAGUAUUAAUUCACGGAGGCUACAGCAACUUCAGUCAUCUCAGUAGUUCUCACAUUUUGUUGCUUAAUGAAGGACAUGACUGAAGGGUAACCACACUGGUGCCUCAGUUAUAAACACCUCCAUUUAGAUGUUGCAUAUGAAUGGAUCCUUAGUCUCAUUUAAACAUGGCACUGCUUGAAACAUAAUACAUUAAAGUAAAGUCAAGUUGUCAGUGGAAAAGUUGAAAAAAUAUUUUUUAAAGAAAAAUUGGCACAUUUGCCUUUAACAUGACUAGGAACCCAUUGAUGAUAAUUCAUUUUUGUUUUUCUCAACCAGAUAUUAACAGCUUCUUCUUUACCUUAUUAACAAUGAACACGUUGUUAAAAAUGUGUUAAUGGUAGCAUUCUCAGGCUAAAACCAGGUGCUUUCUUUUUACGGUGUGCAAGAUUAACCCUGAAUGCCUCUGGAGGACUAAUUUGAAUGUCCCAGGUGAAGUUAAGGUUUUGAGAGACAAAGUUCCAGAGUGUCAUGUCAGACCGUGGUUCUGUUCUGGACUAAAGUACAGCAGGGGGAGCUGGAAGGAGGUUAACCCUUUAAGCACACUUCUCAGCUGCUGCUGACAAAGACAACUGAAGCAGAGUGCUGUUGAUGACAAUGAUGUUGUAUACAGUCAAUGGUGGACCAUCCAGGGAGAGCGUGGUAUUUAAAACACUGUGAGUGACUCUGAACGAGGUUUAAAAUGAAGGUGAAUCAACAAAUCUGCAUUUCACUUCAGGAAAGAGAAAACCUUCAUCCAAACCAUAGACAGUGUUUUCCAGGUUCCUGAAUCUUGAGAUUUCAUUAGGACUUAGGGAUUGUAGUUUUAAUUUCAAACAAGAGGGUUGCUUUAAUUUUUGCAGAGUGGACAUAUGAUUCAUUUAUUCUUUCAUUUCAGUUUACGUCUGUUCUGAGUAAUCAAACAUCCAUGUCAGUUGGAUCGUGAAUGUGAAUCUUAUAGAAAAAAAAAAAAACAGGAAACGGAUCCUAUUUUGACGUUUGUGUUCAAACGUUUUUGAGAUUAAGUUUCAGUGGACAUAAGGACAAUGCAACAAUAAAAAUCUGAACCACAACUUUUCAUCUUAAUGUUUUUGUUUUUUUGUAUAUUAAGAGAAGUGACUUGGUACAAGAAAUGUUUGAGGAUUUCAGGGUGUCUGUUGUCAUGGUGACAUGUGGUGAAAACCGUCACUUUUUGAAACUGAGCUUUUUCUCAACGUGUGGAUCCUUCAGAAUCGCAACAUUACAAAAUGUUUGUAAAUGUCCUGAACAUUUCAAUCUCAUUCUUCUCCAGAUUACUUUCUGUAACAUGUGGUAGAUUGUGGGAUGGAGAUAUGACAUGAACAUCAGACAAUGUGGAAAGGAAGUGAUGGAAAGUUUCAGCUCUAAAUAAAACCGUUUUCUAAUGAUCUGAA